CUACAGAUUGAACAAAUAGGCUACUUGACAAGUUUCUGGAAGUGAUAGGAACUUCUAAUUCUUUUAGGUAUUGAAAAAGUGUCAUGUGACAUUUAAAUUUGAGGAAAAUAGUUCCUUGAUAUCUUAAUGUAUGAUGAAUAAUUGAUUUCUUCUAAAAAUGUACGUUUACAUCUUUUUAAUUAGCUGUUUGAAAAGGUAUAGGGUUACUUAAAACUCUUUAUGUUAAUAUUCAUGGUAAAAGUCCUAGUAAUACCGAGUGAACUUACUUAAGAUUGGAAGAAGUAGCUGCAGCUAAAGAAAAAAUAAAUUUUUGUUGAGUUCCUGGAUAAAUAGGUAAUUAUAGGAUGAUAUUAAUAUUCAACGCAAUAUAUGGAGAGCCUAUUGUAUGCUUUUAAGCCAAAAUUUUGAAAAGCCUCACUUGUGAAAGCUGAAGGAUGCUUCCGAAUGGAUCGUUCGUUAUUUUGUUGCUUUAUUUUUUUUAAAUACUGUUAUGCUGUGCUGUGAAUUCUCUUGAUUCAAAGUAACGGCAAAAACGCUAAAAUGUUUUUAGAGUUAUGAAAAGCGUGCGAAAUACUACUAGCCAAUAUCAUAUAAAUAAUAAAAAUAGUGCUAAGCGAAUGAAUAAUUCUCUUAUUUAAGUUUAAUUGGCACAGAACGGUAGUUUGGGCUCAAGAAUAGAGAUGUCGCUAUAGGAUAUCAACAAAUUUAUACAGCAACGGUGUUAUUAACUCUGUGUAAAUGCUUUCUCUAACCAGCAAAAAGCCUAAUUGUAGACUAAUAUACCAAUAAAAUAUAAUAUUGAGCAACCAAGGUGCGCCAAGGUCUAUAGUUUCAACAGAACAAAGAUAAGGACAGAGUCACAUAGCUGACUAGCAACUUUGUCUCAUUACUUUUUUUUCAUGAAAAGUAGCAUGGACAUCGUUUUUUACUGUAUAAUAAAAGCGCGUAGGAAGUAUAAAUGUUUGAUAUGAUGCUUCAUCAUUAAUGAUUUUUUUUUAUUUUAGUCUUCAUUUUCAGGUAUUUCAUUAGAACAUGGAAAUUGUUUAAGAGAAUGAUUCGCGAAUUGCCCUCUUUAAUCAAAAGUCUCAAUAUGGUUUGAAGGUUAUGAGUGUACUUAGUGAUUCUUCGAGUAAUAAGCCAAAUUUUAUUUUAUAUUUCCAUAUUUUUACAAAUACUUAAAUCAAUUUUUUGUUAUCAAUACCUAAUCCGUCAGCAGACUUUUAACUUGACUUUUUUGUGUAUCAACCGAAAAAUUUAAAACUAUCAAGAACUGGCAAUGCUUGAAAAACUCUGUUCCCACACUUUUUUGUCAAAAAGACAACGCUUACCUUUAUGAGGAAAAAUAUCUUUUUUAUAUCAUUCCUGAGAGGAAUUAUUUACAUGAAUUUAAUCUGUAAUUGUUAAGCUAUAUUUUGAUCUAAUAUGUGGGUGUAGGAUGAAAAUCAAUACCCAAGUGACAUGCGCUAACAUGACAUGCAUUUACCCGCCGCUGUCUCGGGUUUCAGAUAUUGAACUACCGGUAAACCAUAUUUUACAAAAAUAGCUAUGAGUGGUUACUGGUUGUUUCCCGCUUGAGUAUGCGUCAGUUACACGCUUGCAACUCUUGACGCUGACUACAUAACAGUGGGAAUUUCUUCAUUUGGAAAAAAAAUCAGUAAAUUAAAGAAAAUGUUUUUUUGGUAAAUAUGCAUCGUAUUUUAAACUGAGCUCUUUGAUGUAAGAAAAUCUUAUAUAGGGUGUCCGAAAAUUCAUAUAUGACAACCUCAUCUACUAUUUUUUUAAAAAGCAACCCAAUUUUUUUUUAUAACUAUAUAUUUUUGAAUAAUAUAUUAAGUUACGUAAGCGUGCGAAAAUAAAAUUUUUUGUUUCUUUUCGUUUAAAUGAUUUUAAUCAAAUAUAUAAUUCAGUGUAGUGCAGUGUGAAGUUAUUCAUUUAUUCAGAGAGAAGAUUUUCAGUUAAGGAUAUUGUCUAUGAGAAAAUGGACAUUUUGAGCAUUUGAGGAAAUUCGGGACACGCUGUAUAUUUUUUUACCAAAAGAGGGUGCAGUUCAAAAUAUUAAUCAACGAGCAAAUUUCUGGAAAAAAUUCUUCGAUUUACCGAAUUUACUUCACACUGUAGAUAGUUUGUUAUUAUAUAUUAGAUGCUCGAGCUCAUUAGACGUUUAAGCAAAAUAUUACAUCGUGUAUUAAAGUACUGAAGCAUAAAUAAAUAUUAUGAAUUAAAAAAGAAAAUAACUAAUAAUAAUCAGUCACGUAAUGGUGCUUCGCGUAACGCUUUAGUAAAUAAUUCAUGUAUUCUUGAUAAUAAUCGACGUAAAUUGCCAGAACACACAAACGGAACUGUAAAGGUCGUGAAUAUUUCGAAUUAAAUUCCAUUAAAUUCCGCUUCGUUUAUCUCCGUUUGAAGAUAUCCAUUUGUAAACAGUCUUGUUAGCGAUGCUUUAUUCUAAUAUAAUAUGAUUAUUUCAAUUCCCCUGUGGUCAUUCAUAUGAAUGGUGUAUUGAGUGCUGCAUCGCGUACCGACCAUCGUCUCGAUAUCAUCUACGUUGGAUUAUUGUGAUUGUGUUCUUAAAUAUUUACCUAUAAACAGAGUCGAAGGGUAUGGAACAAAACGCUUCGCGAGUGCCUCACAUCGGUGUAACGGUCAAACAAACUGACGUUUACAGCGACUCAUUAAAAGUACUGAAAGUGAUACGUCCACAAUGGAAGCCUGAGGCUAUAAAAUUUAAGCUGUUGACAGAUGGAAUUACGAACAACCUGGUGGCAUGUCUUCCCGAGCUCUAUGAAGAAGACGAUACUGUGUUAAUCAGAAUUUACGGGAACAAGACUGACCUAUUGAUAGAUCGGCAGGCUGAGAAUAGGAACAUAUUGUUGCUCAACAAAUAUGGGUUGGCGCCGAGUCUGUAUGCGACAUUCGUCAACGGGUUGGCUUAUCAAUUCGUGCCUGGUUGUACUCUCAAUACGGAAAACGUGAGGAGGCCAGAAAUCUAUCACUUGGUGGCUACGAAUAUGGCGAAAUUGCACAAGGUCAAGGUGGACGGUGUAGAACAUCCCAAGGCCAAUAUAUGGAAAAAAGCCCGAAAGUUUCUGGAUACUGUGCCGGACGCAUUUUCUAAAGAAGAAACUCGAAAACGAUUUUUGGAGUUGCCUUCAAAGUCUCGAAUUAACCAAGAACUCGAGCUGCUCAGAAGGGAAUUGGACCGGUUUAACAAUGACGUCGUAUUUUGCCAUAAUGAUUUGCUGUUGGGUAACAUAAUUUGGAAUGAAAGUUCGAACCACGUGACGUUUAUUGAUUACGAAUACGCUGGUUUCAAUUACCAGGCUUUUGACAUCGCAAAUCACUUUGCCGAAUUUGCGGGAGUCGACGAGGUCGAUUAUUCCAGAUAUCCGAGUAAAACUCUUCAAAUGGACUGGCUCAGCACAUAUCUCGUGGAAUUUACAGGCAACAUCCCGACGAAGGCGGAGCUUGAUUCGCUUUAUGUCAUAGUAAAUAAAUUCGUGCUUCUGACCCACUUGUUCUGGGGCAUAUGGGGUCUCAUCCAAGCUGAACAUUCCUACAUCGAUUUUGAUUUCAUUAAGUACGCUAAGACAAGGUUUGACGAGUACUUUAGCAGGAAGGAGCAUCUGAUUGCGACAUGAUAAAAAUCGAAUACUACUUUAAUUUUAUUAGAAACAAAUAGACAAUAAUUUUUCAAAUGUUUUUAAAAUCGAAUAAUUUUGAAGGGGCUCUAAAAAGUACACGAUUCCGCGAUUCAGUCGAUAAGUUUUAUUUUGUUCUUGUAUUCUUUUUGAGAACACGCACCAAUAAUGAAUACACCUUAAAACUUUAGAAGAAAAGUGCGGAUGCUCAAAUAUUUGCUUCUGUUGAGCAGAUUUAUCUGAAAUGUGGUUUUUAAGCAGUUAAGCGGCAAGCUUUCAACAAAUAUUUUUAAUUUUUUUAUCUUCUCCUUGAAGUGUACAAGGGAAAAGUAAAGUAUGUUAAUUAAAUGCAGAAAAUAUAUAAGGCUUACUAAAUAUUCGGCGUGAACUUCAAAAUUUAUUAAAAACAUAUCGAACUUUUCAAAAGUUUGGCGAAUGUUUUUUUCCCGUUACUAUUCGACAACGUUUUAAUUUUAUGGCGAGUUGAAUUUGAUAUUUUUUUAGAAGAAGAAAUUGUUGGCAUUUUGGAUCAAUAUUUUAUUUUAUAGUUCCAAUAAAGUUAUUUUAAAACGGCUAUAUUUUUCGAUUAAUAUCCUUGCCGGUGCUGGUUUUCGUUAUGGUUGUAACAAUUUUGUUACCCAAUUUUUUCGACUUCAUCUUCACUUUUCCCACGACCUUUCCUAUUUUCUUUACACGCGGUGGUACAUUUUCGGUAUAUACUGACGCCAGUUGUGCAAUUUGGUCCGUCGUCAAUUUGUUCGACAUAUUUUCGGACGUUGACUCGGACGGAUCGUGUAGGAAUAAUUCAAUUUCCUUAAUUGAAUCAUCCGAGCUUUCUGUACUUUCGUCGCCGCUGGUGACACCAUCUGACAACGUUUGGGCACUACUAUCUGCCGUCUAGAACGUUUAAUUUAUUUUAACAUUAAAAAGUUCCACAUAUUCCAUGGUCCCAAAUCUAAAGAGACAAUGAAAAUAUAUUCAGAAAGAAGUGGCAACGUCGAUAUUUUAAAUCGUCUUUUCAUCUUUGAAUUUCGAUUAUGUUUAGGUGUUGCCUCCACUGAUUUGUUGAAUAAACUUCCACCAGUGAAAUUUUUAUUAUUGCGUGUUUGAAUUUGUACAGAGGCAGGUCAUGGGUUUAAAAGUUAUAAUUUUAUCCAUUGAUACAAAAAUGACAAAUACUUUUCAAAACUGGAAACCUUUAUUUUAUCCACUACCCCGCGAGGCAGAUAAAAAAUUCUUUCCUAUGUUACGAGAAUAUGCUACUAACCGGUGACACCAAAGAAUUAAUAAGGAACUUAAAAAUCUUCAAGAAUAAGUAACUGAAUAGGGAACAUUUUUUAUGUAUAGAAAUAACGCAUACCAAAUAUCAAAACUCAAAAUCCAAUAUUUAAGUUGCUAUAAAUAAUUCAAGUUGUGACACCCGGCUAUUCCCUUUAAACGACGGUCGUGUAAAGGUGUGUUUGGAUUUAAUCUACCCCAGUUUGUAUUUGUGCUUAGUGUGCUUUACAUGAUCAUAAUGAAAGCAACAUAAAACAAUAUAACAAAUCGUGCCAUCGUGUUUGAGUACAACCCGUAAAAUACCAGAUGGAUAAACUUUUUUUAUUCGUUUACCAGAAAAUAAAAGCCGUUAUUUUAUGUUAACAUUAUGCUCAGGUGUAGCUUUAGCCUUAACCGUGCAAACAUUGUUAACUCUUCGACCUUACACCCAUCCUAUUGCAGCCUCCAUAGGAAUGGCAUCCUGAUCUAUAUAAAACGAAAUGUGUUUUCUUUUUUGAUCUUUUGUUGAAUGUCUAAAUCGUAUUAACUAAUAUAUUAAUCGAAAAGGACGGUAAAAAUUGAUGCGCCUCGGGAGAUUGUGACAGGUUCAUUCGGAACGACAAAUCUUAUUCAAUGAAAACCAGAUUUGAAGUGGCCGCGCAUGCGUAUAUUGAAUGGCACUUUUCAACAUAUUUUGUUGCAUGGUGGCUUCAAAAGUUCCUGUAAAGGGCUUCUAUAAAUUUAUACCCUAUAUGGUUGCUAGAGUAUUUUUUGUUGUCCAAGCCAACAUUUCUGCUAUUAUUUAUACCGCAACUAAAAUGUUAUUCUUGAGACUCAACUCUGUGGGUAGAAUUCUUUAAGUUAUCAGUAUUUAGGUUUCCACUAGUUUAAAAAAAUCCUUUUUGUUUUUUCUUUGUUUAAUGAUUUACAUUUUCUUUCAUGUACCAUUUGAAUUUUAAAAACUAGAAAACUUUAAGGUGAUUUCAAUAUUAUAUCGGCUUACAACUAGUGAACAUACCUUUUAGCUUUAAUACCGCGAGCCUCAGCAAAAGAAAAACUUUCGGUGUUUUGUAUGUAAUAUGUCACCAUAAACUAAUACUAAAGACUAGAUAACAAGAAGAUAACAAAAGCAAGCGACAGAAUCAAGACUAAAAUUCAAAUUGAAACCACCAAGACGAACGCGUUAUCAUUUUUUAAUACCUUCUCUAUGCUAGCGUCCAGCUGGCGCGAAUCUUACGAGCGAAUUGACGUCACAACCAAUCACAGCGCUUUUCAAAGAGGAUUUAAAUUUUAUAAUUUUUAAUUGCUUAUAUUUGUUAUAUGGAACUACAAAAUUAUUUUUUUGUGAACUGUGGUUCUUUUAAUUGUAUAAACUUACUUUUACAAGCAACAUUUUUCAAAUUUUGUUCAAGUUCUCUAUUAUAUGUUUAAAACCCCUCGUAUUACUU